AUGCAGCAGCAGCGGUUGGUCAUCUCCUGGUUUGCCGUGGUUUUGCUGGCAUCGCCCCUCAUGGCCAUAUGGGAACUGGAGAAAGAUGUUUAUGUUGUAGAGUUGGACUGGUACCCUGACGCUCCUGGAGAAAUGGUCGUCCUCACAUGUGACACUGUAGAAGAAGACGGAAUCACCUGGACCUCCGACCAGAGCAGUGAGAUUUUAGGCUCCGGCAAAACCCUGACAAUCCACGUCAAAGAGUUUGAACAUGCUGGCCGAUAUACCUGUCAGAAAGGAGAUGAGGUUCUGAGCCAUUCGCUCUUGCUGCUUCACAAAAAGGAAGAUGGGGUUUGGUCCACUGAUAUUUUAAAGGACCAGAAAGAACCCAAAAAUAAGACCUUUCUAAAAUGCGAGGCAAAAAAUUAUUCUGGCCAUUUCACCUGUUGGUGGCAGACAGCAAUCAGUGCCGAUUUGAAAUUCAGCGUCAAGGGCAGCAGAGGCUCUUCUGACCCCCAAGGUGUGACCUGUGGGGAGGUGGCACUGUCUGAAGAGAAGGUCAGAGUGGACCACAGGGAGUAUAAGAAGUACACAGUACAGUGUCAGGAGGUCAGCGCCUGCCCAGCCGCCGAGGAGAGCCUGCCUAUUGACGUGGUGGUGGAAGCCAUUCACAAGCUCAAGUAUGAAAGAUACACCAGCAGCUUCUUCAUCAGAGACAUCAUCAAACCUGACCCACCCAAGAACCUGCAGGUGAAGCCACUAGCCAAUUCUCGGCAAGUGGAGGUCAGCUGGGAGUACCCCAACACCUGGAGCACCCCACAUUCCUACUUCUCCCUGACAUUCUGUGUCCAGGUACAGAGCAAGAACAAGAGAGAAAGGAAAGACAAAGCCUGCGUGGACAAGACCUCGGGCAAGGUUACCUGCCAUAAAGACUCCACGGUCCGAGUGCAAGCCCGGGACCGCUACUACAGCUCCUUGUGGAGUAAUUGGGCAUCUGUGUCCUGCAGUUAGGUUCUAAUUCCUGGAAGAAACGUGGAAGCUUCCCGGCACAGUGGUUUUUUUAUGAUGUCAUAGCCCCAAAAAUUCUAUUUUUUCUGAUUUUCUUUAUUUUUUUUAGAAGCGUAUAAUAAUAUCUUUGGUAUAUUUUUAUAUUUAAAGGCAAAGUGCUGAUUGAAACAAACAGCUAAUUUAUUUAUAGAUUGGCCAGCUCUCAGGUUGCCACUGACCU